AUGGAACUCAGACAUUCGGCAUGGUUGUUGGAACCACCAACGGGAGUGACAUUAGGAAUGACAGUGGAGGAGCUUUUAGCCCCCGGUAAACGACCGAAAUCGAAACCGACACCUCCCCGGCCGCAGGAGCCGCAAAUAAUAUUCGGAAAAAAUUUUAGGGCGCUACAUCGAAUGGAGUUUGAAGAUGGGAGCAAAUGCUCCAUGAAUGAGUGGAAGAACGCUCUUCCCGUAGUCAAAGAAUUCUUUGUAAUGUUGUCUAAAGAAGCAAAAAAACGUCAUGCUAUCAAAUAUCCGAAUUAUAAAUACAAACCGCGAAGAAAAGUGAACGGUUCCAAAAGAAGAAGAAAUCAGAGAUCUCCAAGCGUUAGCCCUCCUGAAACUCCACAAUACAGCCCAGCAGGUCAAUCCAUUGAAAGUUCGCCGGCGAGCAACAUAACUCCGGAAGAAUUCGGGACUCAAGAUGACGAUGGGUUUUCAUACUUUGACUACGAGCUAUAUAUGCGAAUGAUGACGGUGGCAUCCUGUUACCCCACAGUAGAAUUUUUCAAGCAAUGA